AGACUAUCACAGCAGAGAGAGAAAGAGAAGAGAAGAGAUAGGCUGAUGUGAUGUGAUUCAACAACGAAACCUCUGCUUCAUCUGUAACUCUCCCAAACGAAACUCACAUCAUUUCAACCACUUCUGCACAAGGCCUUUCAUGCACUAUGCCCAUGGCAUUCCGGUUGGGAGUUGGACUCCACAUUCUGCUUUUUCUCGUUUGUUUGAAUUCAAUCAGUUCGGUGAAUAAAGACGACGGAGCGACGUUGUUGGAGAUUAAGAAAUCGUUGAGGGAUGUGGAUAACGUUCUAUAUGACUGGUCAGACUCACCUUCAUCAGAUUAUUGUGCGUGGAGAGGGGUCACAUGUGAUAAUGUUACCUUCAAUGUGGUUGCACUCAAUCUUUCGGGAUUGAAUCUUGAGGGCGAGAUUUCACCUGCUAUUGGGAGUCUUAACAGCUUGGUUUCUAUUGAUCUCAAGGAAAAUCGUCUAACUGGCCAGAUUCCAGAUGAGAUUGGUGAUUGUUCUUCUUUGAAAAGCCUGGACUUGUCAUUUAAUGAUAUUCGAGGAGAUAUACCAUUUUCAAUUUCCAAGACGAAGCAACUGGAAAAUCUCAUUUUAAAAAAUAACCAGCUAAUUGGACCAAUUCCUUCAACUCUGUCUCAGAUUCCUAACUUGAAAAUUCUAGAUCUGGCACAAAAUAAUCUUAGCGGGGAGAUACCGAGACUUAUAUACUGGAAUGAAGUUUUGCAAUAUCUUGGUUUGCGAGGUAACAAUUUGGUCGGCUCACUUUCUCCUGAUAUGUGCCAGUUAACUGGAUUGUGGUAUUUUGAUGUGAGAAACAAUAGCUUAACGGGCAGUAUUCCUGAUAACAUAGGCAAUUGUACUGCCUUCCAGGUCUUGGAUUUAUCGUACAACAAGCUAACUGGAGAGAUACCAUUCAAUAUUGGGUUUCUGCAAGUAGCAACCCUGUCAUUGCAGGGCAAUAAACUCUCAGGGCAUAUUCCAUCAGUGAUUGGUCUGAUGCAAGCACUUGCUGUCUUAGAUUUGAGUUGUAACAUGUUGAGUGGACCAAUACCUCCUAUUUUGGGAAAUUUGACCUAUACCGAAAAAUUGUAUUUGCAUGGAAACAAGUUGACUGGCCUCAUCCCUCCAGAGCUAGGAAAUAUGACCAAGCUUCAUUAUUUGGAAUUGAAUGAUAACCAUUUAAGUGGACAUAUCCCACCCGAGCUUGGAAAGCUUACUGAUUUGUUUGACUUAAAUGUCGCUAAUAACAGCCUUGAAGGUCCAAUUCCCAAUAAUCUAAGCUCGUGUAAAAGCCUUAACAGCCUCAAUGUGCAUGGGAAUAAGUUGAGUGGAACAGUCCCCUCAGCUUUUCAGAGCUUGGAGAGUAUGACCUAUCUGAAUCUUUCGUCAAACAAUCUUCAAGGCUCCAUUCCAAUUGAACUUUCACGGAUUGGCAAUUUGGAUACGUUGGAUAUUUCAAAUAAUAAUAUAAGUGGUUCUAUUCCUUCUUCCCUUGGUGACUUGGAACAUCUUCUAAAGCUGAAUCUGAGCAGAAAUCAUUUAACAGGGUUUAUUCCAGCAGAAUUUGGAAAUCUAAGAAGUGUCAUGGACAUUGAUCUUUCAAAUAAUCAACUCUCUGGUUUGAUUCCUGAAGAACUUAGUCAGCUUCAGAACAUGAUAUCCCUGAGACUACAAAAGAACGAAUUAUCUGGGGAUGUGUCUUCACUUGUGAAUUGCCUUAGUCUUUCUCUGCUCAAUGUCUCUUAUAACAACCUAGUUGGUUUUAUUCCCACAAGCAACAAUUUUUCCAGGUUUUCCCUUGACAGUUUCAUUGGGAACCCUGGUCUGUGUGGCUAUUGGCUGAAUUCAGCUUGUCAUGGAUCUCACCCUACAGAAAGAGUUACGUCGUCUAAGGCAGCUAUCCUAGGAAUUGCUCUUGGUGCCCUUGUGAUUCUUCUUAUGAUAUUACUGGCAGCUUGCCGACCACAAAAUCCAGCUCCUUUCCCUGACGGAUCUUUUGACAAACCAGUUAACUAUUCACCUCCGAAGCUAGUGAUUCUUCAUAUGAAUAUGGCACUUCAUGUGUAUGAUGAUAUCAUGAGGAUGACUGAAAACCUGAGUGAGAAGUAUAUAAUUGGGUAUGGUGCAUCAAGUACAGUUUACAAAUGUGUUCUGAAGAAUUGCAAGCCAGUGGCUAUCAAGAAGCUGUAUUCCCACUAUCCGCAAUGCUUGAAAGAAUUUGAGACUGAGCUUGAGACAGUUGGCAGCAUUAAGCACCGGAAUCUGGUCAGUCUCCAAGGGUACUCUUUUUCUCCACAUGGAAACCUUCUCUUUUAUGACUACAUGGAAAAUGGCAGUCUAUGGGAUCUUCUUCAUGGACCUACCAAGAAGAAAAAGCUCGAGUGGGAUCUUCGUCUAAAAAUAGCACUUGGGGCAGCUCAAGGGCUAGCUUAUCUACACCACGAUUGUAGUCCCCGUAUCAUUCACAGAGAUGUGAAAUCAUCUAAUAUUUUAUUAGACAAAGACUUUGAGCCCCAUCUCACCGAUUUUGGCAUUGCCAAAAGUCUAUGCCCCUCCAAGUCCCACACUUCAACUUACAUAAUGGGCACAAUUGGCUAUAUAGAUCCUGAGUAUGCUAGAACUUCCCGGCUUACUGAGAAGUCUGAUGUGUAUAGCUAUGGUAUCGUAUUACUUGAGCUGCUAACUGGGAGGAAAGCUGUUGACAACGAAUCAAACCUGCAUCAUUUGAUUUUGUCGAAGACAACUAAUGAUGCCGUAAUGGAAACCGUUGAUCCGGAUAUUACUGCCACAUGCAAGGACGUGGGAGCAGUAAAAAAGGUUUUUCAGCUUGCUCUCUUAUGUACAAAGAAGCAGCCAGUUGAUAGGCCUACAAUGCAUGAGGUAACACGCGUGCUAGGAAGUCUUGUGCCAUCCAACGCCACCCAAAAACAAUCCACCCCAAUCCAAACACUACCUGAUUCACAGCCAUCUGCUAAAAUGCAAUGCUACAAAGAUGAAUAUGCAAAUCUUAAAACUCCACACUUGGUGAAUUGCCCAUCCAUGAGCUCAUCUGAUGCCCAACUCUUCCUCAAGUUUGGUGAAGUCAUAUCUCAAAACAGUGAGUGAGGAUUUUGAGAAUCAAAUUGAAAAUCAAUGUAUAUU